AUGAAGAAGACAACCCAAGGCCGAAAGAAGAUUGAAAUCGAAAAAACAGAGCAAGUGAACAACCGCCAAGUCACCAUCUCCAAACGCCGAGCCGGUCUCUUCAAGAAAGCCGGCGAGCUUUGCACCUUCAGUGGCGCAGAAGCUGCCGUGUCCUCACCGCCGCCACCGGGUGGUCACGCGUUCUCUUCCCGCCACGAAAGCGUCGUCCACGACGCUGUCAUGGUCGACAAGCACGUCUGCGGUUCAUCAAGUCUCCCUUCCAUGCAGUAUGACCAGAUUUCCAAGGGAAUAGAGGCCGAGAAGAGAAGGAGCGUGAUGAAUGAAGAAGGAAAUAGAGUGGGUGGCGGGUUGUGGUGGGACCCACCAGUCGAUGAUGAUAUGAGUGAUGAUCGGGUCGAGCAGUACAUGACUGCAUUGACUACAUUGGACGAGCUGAAGAAGAAGUUGGACAUAAAAGCGAAUGAAAUAACGAUGAUGAAGGCUUCUUAUACCAAUGCAAUCAAUCAUCAUAUUGAGAUCAUCAAACUGUGUACUAUUGUAAUCAUAGGGUUAGUCAUAGUUUUGAUUUUGGUGGUGGGCAGUUUUGUGAGGUGUUUUUAA